AUGCGCAUUGAAGUUGCCGGCUCUUUGCCGGGCAGAGCCGGCAGGCAGUUUGAAGGAAACGGAGCGGCGGUCUUCAUGGUGCAGGGUCAGGACAGCGGCGGGGAAGCUGCUGCUGAUGUUCCCCUUGCUGUGGCGGCGGGAGAAGGAGGAGAGGAGAGAUGGGAAGAGGAAGCCUCUCUCCCUGGGACCCAGGACGGGGACGAAGGAGCCAGGCAGGAACACCCCUGCCUAGGCUACCAGGUGCACGACAUGGAAGCGGCGGACGCUCCUCAGCCUGGCGACACCUCCUGCUCCGGCUGCCUCCGCGGAAGUUUGCCGUGGAGACGCGCGGCGCCCGGAGCAAAGAAGAAAAGUGCCUGUCCAGGUCUCGGACUGUUCUAUACGCUGUUGUCUGCCUUUCUCUUUUCCGUGGCUUCUUUAUUGCUGAAGAAAAUUGAAGAUGUACACUCGGUGGAAGUCAGUGCCUUUAGAUGUGUUUUCCAAAUGGCACUUGUUCUUCCUGGUUUAAUAUACUACAAAACAGGAUUUUUGGGACCAAAAGCCAAAAGAAUGUUUCUUUUCUUCCGAGGAUUGCUUGGCUCUAGUGCAAUGAUUCUUCUUUACUAUGCGUUCCAAGUGAUGCCUCUUGCUGAUGCUACAGUCAUUACUUUCAGCAGUCCAGUUUUUACAUCACUACUUGCUUGGAUAUUUCUCAAGGAGAAAUACAGUCCUUGGGAUCUUCUUUUCACCCUGUUUACAAUCACUGGAGUGGUGCUUAUCGCAAGACCACCUUUUUUAUUUGGAACAGAAGUUACUGGAAUUGAAGGAAGCUACACAGAUCAUCUUAAAGGGACAAUAGCAGCUGUUACAAGUGCAAUAGCCGCUGCUUCAACUAUUGUUAUACUACGAAAGAUCAAUCAAAUACAGGAUUUCCUACUUCUUCUCAAAGCAGAGGUGUUUUUUGACUGGAGAGUGGGUGCAUCUACAACCUUGAUGGACAUCGUAAAAUUUACAUAAGCACCUUUCUAACAGUACUUUAUUUUUUUAAAAAAAACUGCUGUGUAUUUGCAUUGUUUUUCACUAAAGCAAUAUCGGUAUGUAUAUUUCUUCUUUGUGAAACAUGUAAACAGUUUUAAAACUGAAGAAAACCAUUUUUUUCCUAAAUUGCCUAAGAGCCUAAGAAUAUUUUUGACUUAAACUCAUUGAGGAAGUUCAAAUUAAAGAUGUAAACUUAUUGUUAGUGAUUCGAUGUCUUACAAGAAAUAAGGUGGUUACAGUUUUCUUUCUUUGUAACCUUAACUUUGCCCCUGAAUAACUCAUACACUGAAUAUUUUGCACUGUUUCUUAGGUCUAGUGUGUGGGGUUUUUUUGUUUGUUUUAUUCUUACUUGAAAUAUUACUCCACGUCCUCCUACAACAAAUAUCUGCCUGCCACAGAGAAUAAGAAAGUUAGGUAUCCACCUCAAUACCAGGUCAGACAGUCUGUUCAUCGAGUCCACUAUUGCUAAUUCAAAGAGGCAGUGGCUCUUCAGAGUCUUUGGAUCAAAUUACACAUCAAGGGAAACGGAUGUUUCUUGCUGUUACAUUUCCUCCCUGGGCACACAUCUUUCGAAGCUGUGUGGCUGAUAAAAUCAGACUUGUAGAUGAAAACCUUAUGUAUCACUAUAUGGCCAAUUACAAAAUUAAGCUAGUUCAAAAUGCAAAUCAAGGUGCACUUGUAUUAGGAUAAAUAAAUAUAUUUUACGUCUGCAGAGAGCUCUGCUUCUAAUGAUGUGCUCUCUACAUCACUUAGCUCUGGCUGGAAUGCAGGACUUUCUGGCAUCUGCUAUCUGAUCAUCAUAUUAACUACAGAAAUGAGGGAAUAAGUCUUUUGCAUGCAAAAUAUGUGCCAACACAAAUGCCGCUGGUAAUUUUUCUCUAUUCUGGCACAGAAGUACUUACAGCUUGUCAAAAUGUUCUAUAUUAUAUAAGGUUAUAUAGUUCAACAGGCUAUUUCAAAUAGCUCUUUCUCUAAAUUUAUUAUGUAAGGAGAGGCAGACAUUUCCUAUUUAAUAACUUUAUAUUUUUGUUCAAAAUAAAUUAGAUCAGCAUCCUAAUGCAUUGUAACUGGUAAAAAAAUCUCUAUUGAGAUUAGCAUUUUUAAACAUCCGGUAUAUUCAUUAUUUUUAAGUAGAAAAAAUGAAUCAUCAUAAAUUGUUUUUGUGUGAGUGCCUCUUCAAAAUCACAAAGUUUUAUCUGUUUCUAAAAUCUUCCUAAAUUUAUUCGCCAUGCUGAAUUUAGCAACUAAACAACAAAUUAGUUGCUACCAGUCUCAGGUGAAUGAGCUUUCCAAGGAUCAAAUGACAAGUUAUGGGGAUUAUGUGGCUAUUGUGGAAAUGUCUUCUCAGUAAUAUUUAGUUAAAGAAGAAGUAUGGUGUAAUUUCAGCCAGGUUCACACAUAGAACUAUAUUGAAUUCCAGUAAGCCAAUAUGCUGGCUCUUGUUAUCAAGCUGCUCUUUCCUUUUAGGCAGAGCAGCUGAACUGUCCACAGACUUUUGGUCCAUAGUCAGAAAUCACUCGCAAAUGACACUCUGGUUUAUCUCUUUAUCCACAAGCCACAGAAAUAACUUAUUCAGCUGCUGCAGUACUUAGAGGUUACACUAAACAAACUAUAGAGUGGAGGUCCCUGGUUUUUGCAGAAGCCAUUGGGUGGCAGAAGACAGCACACUGCUUGACCCAGAUGAAUUCAAGGUUAUGCAGGAACCUUGAAGAGGUGUAAUGUCUGAUUGUAAUCAUGGUCAUGCUCAAGGUUUUCCCUGUCCCCUGUAGAUGGCACUAAAUGGAUGACAAUGGACUAGGAAAAGAUUCACUGCAGAUAUGUUAUGCAUCAGUGGGACUUGCUUACAGGUAAGUAUGUCCACGGAUGUGCAGCCCACCUGCCUCAAGGUGCCCUUAACUCUCUUGAGAGUAAGGCUGUGGUACAUAGAACAGUGUUUCACAAAUGUUUGGCUUUGGCAGCACGUAGUCUCCUACUGACAACUUAUGUCUGCUCCUCCUGAAUGAAGGAUGUGUCAGAAACAUGCCCAUGUUACUAGCCCUUCAACUGACAGGCACACACCAGCACCAUGCACUUUAUUUAUGAACUGUAAACAGGAGCAGGCCCUUGUAGCAGUCUAUAUAGAAGUUACCUCUUAAAAUGAUGGUCUUGUUCCGGGUUUCCAAGUUUGGAUGGGGAAAUUCAAGUUGGUUAGGGUCCAUGGUCAUUUUGACUUUGUACCUAUAAUAUUCCCCCUACAUGGCACUCCAACUGUUCUUCAGAGUUUGGUGUUUUAAAAUGGUUAUGAUCCACAAUAGCAGAGUUAUCCAACCCAAUCCAUGUUUAUUUGGAAGUAAGUAUCACCAUUUACUGGACCUACUGGCAAGUAAAUGUGAAUAAUGGGCAGUUUUGCCUGAUAAUAAGUCUGGAAAAAAUAUUAAAUUUUAACUAAAAUUUGAACGUAUUACUCUGUUUAAAACCAAUGGAAUCUGAAUGUAGAUUUCUCUUUGAUGCUAGGCUAAUUUUUUAUUUAAAUUUAUAAGUAUAUUUUAAUUGUCAUAAGAGAAAUAAUAAGAGGGGAAUGGAAUUUUAAAAAUUAUAAAUAUGUAAGAGUAGUAAUAACAUAACAAAGUUAACCAGGGUACAAGUACAGUAAUAGAAUAAAGGUCAGAUCAGUAAGGAUUAUACAAAUCAUAGUGAUAUAACAUCUACCCAGAACAACUCAUAAGGUACUCAUAUAUGAAUCAGCAUAUUCUUAGAUUGAGUAAUUCUUGGCUCAGCGUAUGAAUCGAUACCAGUUUCCAAUGAAAUGUAUAGUGUGCAUUUGUCCUCUGGAGAUAGGAACUGGUUUGUGAGCUUGUAUAUUAAAGCUGCAGACCUGCACAUAUGUACCUGGAAGUAAGUUCCACUGAACUCACUGAAUCCUGACACAUACCAGAUUGUUCUACAAAGCUGUUUUCCAUCACAUGGUAAAAUUUAAGAUGUUUUAGUAAGGAAUGCACUCAACGUUGACUGAAAACAUUGUUAAAUAAGCUCAUAUAGCUUCUAGGAAAUGAUAAAUUUAAGAUGAUGUUAAAAUUUUCAGCUGGGUGACCGAGUGUUUAAAUUUACAUUUUCAUUAUUAUUUUAUCUGUAAACUGUCCUGGAUUAAUAAUUGAAGGGCAUAAUAAAAAUGUUUCAAAUAAUAGUUGAACAGUUGCUCACAAGUUUCAACUGCCCAAUGAAUCCAUCACAUUUAUAUAUUUAAAAUAUUUCUACACUACCUUUCUCAUAAAAACGAAUCUGAGACAUCAUUAAAAACACAAUAUUAAAAGCUUA